AUGCAGGAUGCCAGGUCCUUGAUAUCCGAGGACAUGCCUCCUGGCAAUGAGGAAAAAUUACCGCCAGCGAAGGUUUACCAUCCGUUCUCUCCCCAUGUUAUCGCGCUCCUCAUGCCUGCUUCAAUAUUUGGAGCCCUUGCUCGGGUAGGGCUCCUCGCUUUGACAACCUACGAUGGGCGGGAAAUAUAUCCUCUGGCAUGGGUUCAAGCGGCUGGAUGUUUAGUGAUGGGUUUCGCUAUUGGGAUGAGGGAGCCCAUUGGACAAUUUUAUGGUCCGUUAUACACUGCGAUCACGACAGGUUUCUGUGGCUCCCUUACCACAUUCUCCAGCUGGCAGCUGGAUGUGUUCACGUCGUGGUUGAAUUCUACUCAUGCUCACCACGACUGGCUAAGAGAUGUCAUCGAUGGACUAGGUAAAACCAUCUUCACCAUAGCUAUCUCCUUGUCAGCCGUGUCGUUUGGGGCCCACCUAGCGGCCGUCUUUGGGCAAUACAUCCCUCGAUUCCCCCCUCCACCUCAGUGGUUGCGAUACACGUUCACUGCCGUCUCGGUGUUCAUAUACGCCGCCGCCUACCCGGCCUACUUCCGAAUGUCGCCUAGCUUCCGACAUCAAGCUACCGCCGCUAUCCUCUUCUCGUUCCCGGGAACCUUGACUCGCUACACAUUGUCCAUCAAAGUCAACCCGCUCCUGAAACUGUUUCCCCUUGGCACUUUCACUGCCAAUGCAGUCGGCACCGCGCUCAUCGGGACGUUUCACGUGCUACAAAGCACGCAGAGUCCCCCGUCACCGAACGGUUGCGACGUACUUCAAGGCCUGAUUGACGGCUACUGCGGCUGUCUCACAACUGUCAGUACUUUCGCCACGGAAGUCGCCGCCCUAUCAGUGGGGAGAGCAUGGUUAUACGUCGUUCUUAGCUGGGCGACGUGUCAAUGCUUGCUGCUCGUUAUCCUCGGCUCUUCCUAUUGGGGUGGGAACGUCAGCGAGACAGUAACUUGUGUCUUCUCGAGUAAUUGAUCAAAGCAUUACUAGUACAAGCUGUCUUUUCGCGACAUCAUCUAGAGCAUGUGGUGGCUCAGUGUACAAGGUAAAAUAUCAAUAGUAACAUAUGAUAAACCAGAUGCACUUUUUUUAAAUACCUGUCAGCGCUCGCAUCGGAAAUUGCGUCAAGAACACCGACUCAUGGCCUUGUGACUUAAUAUAUAACUCGUUCUAGGUGUGCCGAACUAACUUGGCUUCACGGCAUAUCUAUAUUUCUGUCUGAAGCUUGUGAACUUAC